UCUGAGCAGUCUUGCAUUCACAGAUUUUGAUUAAACUUUUUCUUUCCAAAAUUCAUGCGAGUUUCUCUAGUUCAAUGCAUCGAUUUUGUGUGUGUCUUCUGUUGUUGCUUAGCUAUUACUUCCGAAAACUUGUGUGAUAUUUGAGCUCCAUUUGGUUCGGCAUAGAUAUUUUUAUCGAGAAAUAUCUUUUACAUUUUCCGUGUAAAAUUAAUUAUUUUUGCUUAAGGCUGGAAAAUGACUUACUGCAUUGUUUUCCAGUAAUUUAUUUUCUGUUCUGAAAAUUAACUUCUGGCGACCUAAAGUUGGUGAUACCAAGAGCAGGUGGAGUUGUUGCCAACAUCAUUGCUCAGCGUAGGCGAUGAUUAAAGGCCUCCACCGGUGAUUUCUUUUUGCCAUUGUGGCGGGAAUGAGAGUUUUUGAGAUUGGUGGUUUCUCCACUGUAGUUUCGACAUGAAGAUACCAUUGCGCUUCCACAAAAGCUGGUUGCUUAAUUGUGGUCGUGAAACAUCAUAUUCAAAUUUCUUCCAUACUUUUGAAUCUGUAAUGGCUGGUGAUACACUGGUGAACAUUUCCAAUGGCAAUCUCAAUGCAAAUCCUAAUCCACCAAGGACUUACCAAGUUGUUGUAGCUGCAACUCAAGAUAUGGGUAUUGGUAAGGAUGGGAAACUGCCCUGGAGAUUACCUUCUGACCUCAAGUUUUUCAAGAAUGUUACUUCUAUUACAUCAGAUCCUGGAAAAAUAAAUGCUGUCAUUAUGGGGAGAAAAACUUGGGAGAGUAUUCCACCGGAGCAUCGACCUCUACCUGGUCGCCUUAAUGUCAUUCUGACUCGUUCUGUUAGUUUUGAUGUUGCAACUAAGGAAAAUAUUGUUGUUUGUGGAAGCAUGUCUACUGCUUUGGGAUUAUUAGCAGCAUCACCUUAUGGUCUGUCAAUUGAGAAAGUGUUUGUCAUUGGAGGUGGCCAAAUUCUAAGAGAAUCUCUCAAUGCUCCUGGAUGUGAUGCCAUUCAUAUAACAGAAAUCCUGACGAGCAUUGAGUGCGACACUUUCAUCCCAUCCAUUGAUACCUCUCUAUUUCAGCCAUGGUACUCAUCCUUGCAAUUGAUGGAAAAUAACAUUCACUACUGUUUCACCACUUAUGUUCGUGUCAGGAAUUCACCCCUUAGUCAAGCCAACGAUCAGAUAUCUGAUGCUAGGUGUGAUUCUGCAAAGUUUGAGGUAAAGGAUUUCACUUUCCUGCCUAGGAUGAUAUUUGAGAAACAUGAGGAGUAUUUGUAUCUGAGACUGGUUGAAGACAUCAUCUUAAAUGGCAAUCCUAAAGAUGACAGGACAGGAACUGGUACUUUGUCAAAAUUUGGUUGCCAGAUGCGGUUCAAUUUGCGCAAGUCUUUUCCUCUUCUUACAACUAAGAAAGUAUUUUGGAGAGGUGUUGUUGAGGAACUGCUGUGGUUCAUAAGUGGUUCAACAAACGCCAAGAUACUACAGGAAAAAGGCAUUUAUAUAUGGGAUGGCAAUGCAUCCAGAGACUACCUUGAUAGCAUUGGCUUGUCAGAUAGAGAAGAAGGUGACUUGGGACCCAUUUAUGGCUUCCAGUGGAGACACUUUGGUGCUAGGUAUACAAACAUGCAUGCCGACUACAGUGGCCAAGGAUUCGAUCAGUUGUUAGAUGUAAUUGACAAGAUUAAGAAUAACCCAGAUGAUCGCAGGAUUAUUCUUUCAGCUUGGAAUCCAUCUGAUCUCAAAUUGAUGGCACUUCCACCUUGCCACAUGCUUGCCCAGUUUUAUGUAGCCAAGGGGGAGUUAUCAUGUCAAAUGUAUCAACGCUCAGCUGACAUGGGUCUGGGCGUUCCUUUUAACAUAGCAUCCUAUGCCCUCUUGACUUGCAUAAUUGCUCAUGUUUGUGAUCUGGUUCCUGGUGAUUUCAUCCAUGUCAUCGGGGACGCUCAUGUUUACCGCACCCAUGUGAGACCUUUGCAGGAGCAGCUCAAAAAACCCCCUAGACCUUUUCCAAUCUUGACGAUCGAUCCUGAGAAGAAGGAUAUAGAUUCCUUUGUUGCGAGUGAUUUUAAAAUCAUAAGUUACAAUCCUCACCAGAAAAUAGAAAUGAAAAUGGCAGUGUAGAAUUGCUUCUGACUCAAAAGGUGUGGCAUGGAAGACUGGGAGAUUGUAAAAGACUGUGCUGCCCUCAAAAUGGUUCAAAAGGUGAAUGUGCAAGAACUAUUUUGUUGCACCGGUGGGCAUUUUUAUCAAUUCAAAUACAUUUCGUGGCAUAAUUGUAAGUGUUCCGCACUCAUAUAGUCAUAUAGUAAGACACGGAUGUUAUUAUGUUUUCUACAAGCUCAUAUAUGUAUAUAUAUUUGAAUCGUUUUGAGAGGUGCAAAUGCCCUGGUCAAAUGAGUCCUUUUUUUUUGGUUCAUCUUCUAAACUAGAAUAGAUUUCUCAUACCAUCUCAUAUUUUAAGGUUUAAAAUUGGCUUUAUAUGUUCAU